CUGGUAGCUUAUGUAUAUCGUAAGAUUGAACCAGACUUCAAUUGUCCGGCCGAGAGGGAGGGAGAGUGGAAACGCACGAUGGGGCAAGGAAUGCAAAGCAGGAGCACAACUGGGGUCGACAUCCAUAAAGGAGAGCAUGAAAGAAACGAAGCGUCCGUGGUGUUUACUGUGCAAAUAUUUCGGGGAGCGAUGUAUAGCGAAUCGCCCGUCAGGCGGGGCUCCUUAGGGAAUCCCUGGCCGAGGGGAUCUUUGUUGUUGAAAAUAAGAACACUUGGUGGUGAUCGUCACAAGAACGGACCACCGGGUUCAUACGACCACUCUCCAUCAAUCGAGGCCAACGCCGCAACACACACAUACACACAUCCUCUCGAUCAAAAAGACAACAACCUGCUUCAGGGGUCGACCUUCAAACCAGAAGCAGGAGACGGGAGGUGGACGGGAUAA